CGCGCGCCGUAAACGCGCGUUGUCAUAUACGCACGACGAGCACACGAAGGGUAUCCCGCAUCGUUCUCGCGCGCGUCACAAAAAGACCAAGCCAGGGCCGCUCCCAAGUGUAAUAACCGCUCGGUUUAAACGCACGAAAACGACGACGGAGCAACGACUUGUCGUCGUAAAGACCAUAGAACGUUGUUCGCAAGGUUGAGGUUAGGAACCAUCGACUGUGUGCGGUUUGUGGGUAGUUUUGUCGUAGAUACGUGACCAAGCGCGCGCGCGCGCACACACACACACACGUAUCGGACUGGGUACACGCGGUUCUAACUGUCAGUUUUCAGCUGGUAAGAAAACAUCGGAGCGCCGAGAUCUAAUGGCGUAACAGCGGCCGUUGUGGACAAACGCACAGCGGAGGGACGAAAGAAAGGAGCAAGCUCUUGCAGUGACGUAAGAAACCAAACUGGUGGUAUCGAAGAGUAACACUAGUGGGGCAUAGAAGAGUCGGCCAAGCGAAGGAGAGAAAAGUACUCGCGCGGUCGCAUAGAGGAAGUACCGCAAGGCGUGAAAGAGGAAAAGAAAAAGCAGUAAACACACACGAGAUGGGUGAGAGACGAGGUACGAAGGCGCUGGAGCUUUGGUGCCGUCGAAUUACCGACGGUUAUCCGGGUGUAAAUGUGCAAAACAUGACUACCUCCUGGAGAGACGGACUCGCCUUCUGCGCUAUGAUUCAUCACUUUCGGCCAGAUCUCAUUGACUUUGACAGCCUUAACAAGAACGAUGUGUACGGUAACAACGAGCUGGCUUUCAGAACAGCCGAGCAGCAUCUUGGAAUUCCUGCUCUUCUGGACGCCGAGGACAUGGCGUCCUGCACGGUGCCCGAUCGAUUGUCCAUUCUCACUUAUCUGUCGCAAUUUUAUCAAACCUUUGGAGGCUCGUCACCUAAUCGUCUAGCAACGAACAGAACGAACAGCGAGUCGGCCGACGAGAGGAUCGCCCCGGUCCCGGAAUCUCCUAAGCAAAAGGUGGGGUCGCGUCUGGGGAUGCGGAGGGAUCCGUGCGUCGCAUGCGGAAUGCCGGUUUUCCUGGCGGAGAAAUUGCUGAUAGCGCGGGCUCCUUAUCACCGUACCUGCUUCCGGUGCGCCCGCUGCAGCAACCAGCUGACGCCGGGAAACUAUUACGAGACCGAGGAGGGCCAGUACUGCUGCGAGACGUGUCCGGACGAGGAGGAACUCGCUGACGUUCGUCACAAGUACACCGAGCCAGCGGCGAUGUCCGGCGCGGAACGAGAAGAGAACGAACUGCCGAGACCUCUCAGCGACGAGGAGAAGGAGAGAAAGGGUGCAAGGAAUCUACUUGAGAGCACUGCGGUGCCCGACGUAAUAUCCCACACAUUGCAAAUGCGCAAGAACUUCAUGGCCAAUCAUCUUCUUUCCGAGAAAGUCGAAGAGUCCACCGUCGUGAAAGACGACAUGUCCGCAAGUACGAAUGACCUUGAAGUUAAUUCUGAUUACCUUGAAGAAGCGAAGAGCAGAAUCGGUUCGGCAUUCCCAGACGACGACGAGAACGAGGAGGACGAGGAGGAGGAAGAGGAGGAGGAGGAUGAGGAGGAAGAGGAAGAGGAGUCCCGCAGCUCUGCAACGGAUUCUCCCGAAGUGGAGUCCAACAUUGAGCAGCAAUUCGAUGUACAUAGCGCACUAAAUAGCUUAAAUAUUAAGAGCGAUGAGAAUCAGCGAUCAACUGCCAUUUCACUUCAUGACGUAGAUAAGAGAAAAGAAGAGAAUACCAAAGAGUUGCCAGAAAACGAUGAACGAGCUGCUAAUCCCGAGAUAAAAUUGUCCUUGGUGCAGAAGAGACUCCAAAUGUUCGAGUCUCGGAACAAGAUAGGGCAUAUUGAUAGAAAAGAUCAAGAUAAGAGAAGAAUUUUGAUUCAAGAUAUCGCCGUAGAUAAAAUCGAUUCCCAAGAUCUGGCGUCCCAAGAUGUUCUUCAAGCGAACAAGAAAGAACGUUCGGAAAAGAAACUUGAGGAAGACUCGAUGAUGAUUAAAAGUACGGAUAACCGUGAAAAUAGCAUCGAAAGCGUGAGCAAACAGUCCGUGGAAAAUACUUUGAAAAUUACAAAUAUCGAGAAACACGAAGAAAGCAUAAAAGAUAUUGAGGAUAAUAUCAAUACUGUACAGCCUGAGGAAAGUUCAGAUAUCACAAGUAGCGAAAGAGAAGAUUUCUCCAAGCUCGAGGAAAAAUUCAGAAAAGAUAGCGAGAAUCUUCAUGAGGAGGUUGCUACAGGAAAUAGCGUAUUGACCGCAAAACCCAUUGAUUUAAGUGAAGAAGGUAACAAGGAUUAUCCUGAGGACUUGAAUCCCUUCAAGAGCGACGAAGAAGAUAGCGUCAUGGAUAAUACUCCGCACAAUACAAUAACCAGUUCUACGAUUAGCAAAGUGUCGACCAAUCCAUUCGACAGCGAGGACGAAGAUAUCGAAGAAUCUAAACCGCCGAAACCGGCAACCAGGAGCAAAUCGGAAAAUCGAAGAGUUUUAGCCGAAAUGCCCGUGACCAAUCGAAUUUUGUUUGGGUCACAAAGUAAUGUUGAUUCUUCUUGGAGCGAUAAAAAAGAUAGCAGCAUCCGUAGCAAUCCGCAUACUGUAAUAAACAGUUCUAAAGACAGCAAAGUGUCGACCAAUCCCUUCGACAGCGAGGAUGAAGAUAUCGAAGAACCCGAACCGCCUAAACCGGCAGCUCGAAGCAAACCGGAGAAUCGGGGAAUCGCGACAUCUGGAACCAAGCGAGUUCUGGCUGCACCACAAAUUAAUCUUGAUUCGUUUUGGAGCGACGAGGAAGAGGAACAUAGUGACGAAGCAGGGGAGCAAAACAGAACGCCGCAAGGAAGCGUGCCCGUUCCGAAACCGCGUACCAUUAAAACUACUCCCGAGACGAGCACUAUUUCAAGAAGAGCUGACUUAAGUCGUGGAAGCGUAUACGCGUCUAAUAGUUCUUUAGCCAGUUUCGAAUCAACCACGACUCCCGGCGGAACGUACAGGAAGAAAAGACCCGCGCCUCAGCCGCCGGCUGCGAAAGAACUGUUUCCAUCCGAUCAGCGCGAGUCGCCUAACAAGUCAUGCAACACUUCAUUAACCUUGGAUCAAACCUCGUCACCCCGAACAACAUUGCGACCUCGAAAAAGCAAGCCGGCUCCUCCACCGCCAGUAAUUUCCAGUACACCUUGCAACGUGUCGACAGACAGUACCAAUUUCAAUUUCGAUGUAUCUCCCAUAAUCAAGCUUCGCGGUACCAAAGAUGAUCAGAAUAUAUGGGAAGAUCAAAAAACCAACAAGGACGAGGCGAAUCGUAAUAGACAGAGUUUGAGCGGAAACUCGUGCGAUGAUAGUCUCAAGUCUUAUAACGACAAAAGCGUGCAAGGAAAAUGGAAGAGAAAGAAGGGUCCCGCCCCGCCACGGCCAAUUCCGCAUAGAAGAAAGAUAAAAGUGUUAUCCAUGAAAGACGUAAAAUUGGAAUUAGAUGAAAUAGAAUUACAACAGCAAGGUUUGGAGAGACAAGGUGUACGAUUGGAACAGAUGAUACGAGAUAAAUGCGAAUCUGGAUCUAGAAUUGAAGACUCACUCAGCACAGACGUGGAGGAAUUGGUUUUAGAAUUAUUUGCAUUGGUGAAUGAAAAAAACGAACUAUUUAGAAGACAGGCCGAGUUAAUCUUGUUGCGGCGACAACAAAGAUUAGAAGAGGAGCAUGCCGAAGUAGAGUAUCAGAUACGAUGUCUCAUGUGUCAGCCAGAAGCUACUAAAACAGACUUCGACAAACAGAGAGAAGAAGCAUUAAUACAAAGGUUGGUGCAAAUAGUCGAAAGAAGGAACGAAAUCGUCGAAUGCUUGGAAAUAGAUCGUCGAAGAGAAGUAGAAGAGGAUAAGAGUAUAAACAAGUAUAUGGGAUUAUUUGCUGCGAGAAAUAAGAAUAAACAAUCGGACAAGAACAACGAUUCUUCUAGUACAGAGAAAACAAAGAAGGGAAAAGUGAAAGAGAAAGUGAAGGAAAAAAAGUCAAAAAAGACUACAAAAAAGGAUGCUGACAAGGAUGUUGACGAGACUGAGAUGAAACUCAAGCGCCAUAAUAAACGAAAAUGGUUCUGAGUUGUAUAACAAUGUUAAUAUAUUAUAAAAAUAUUAUACGUAUUUAAUACUUUUAUACAUAUUUUUAACAUGUGUUAUUUAUAUCUGUAAGAGAGUUUACGCGCUUAGAUUAUUAAUAAGAUUGUCCACACAUCUCCACUUGCUCCUACCUUCCAAGUCCAAAUUAUUGUACAAAUUGUUGUUAAUUAACUAACUGCAGAUAAGGAAUAAUAAUGUGAAGCAAUAACACUGAUUCAGGGAACAGAAAUAAU